GGUUCGUAAAGGCAGUUUGUCAUUUGGUUCUCAAGUGCACAGUCUUUUAUCUUUUUUGUAUUUCGGUAAUUUGUAUUCCUCUGUACCGAUGAAGCCUGCAGUCCCGUGGUUGUGAUAGCGGUUGUAAUAAUUGUGGAAACGUUUCUCAUCUGACUCUGAACUCUCCAGCAGGACUGGCCUCCCUCGAACCAAGAUGGCGCGGCACCACCCAGCUGUCAACGUCGCCACGAUCACUGAAGAGGAUGUGGUCGAAGAGGAGAUAGGGGAGGAUGGCAUGGUGGAAGUGGUCGCAGUCCGUGAGAGGCAAAGACCGGAAGAAGACAGGAGGAAAUCCCACGACCUUCCCGACGGCGGCGCAGCAGGAGGCGCAGACGAAGGGAACGAGAGGCGGUCCAGCGUGGUGAUCCUCGACCGCCCCAACAGCCUGGUGGAGAAGGAGGUGGACGACGCCUCCGUCAACAGCUCCCUCUUGAGCGCCCUGGUCUCGCCUCCGCCUCCUCCUCCUCCAGUUCCUCCUUGAGACGCUCCUCCUCCACCUCCUCCGUCUGCUCCACCACCUCGGAUAAGCAGAGUUCGAGUCCCAAGUCGAAGAGGACGGCCUCCAGGACGGCUGGGAGGGCCAUGGGGUACACGAUGAACCUCUCGGGCAAGUUCGUCACGGAAUUGACCUUGUUUGACCCCAGCGAAGGCCCGGUCAGGACUUCCCACAUCAACCUGGGCGUUUUCUUGGCCACCGACCAGGCCAUGGGUGACCACUCUAUCUACAAGGUGUCCCCCGUUUCACCCCUGGCUAUGCUCAAAAUUAAGACGCAAGACAGACUGGUCCGCCUCAACGACGUCUCCGUGGAGGGCUGGUCUCACAGCAGCGUCGUCGACUUCGUCAGGAACCUUACCCUGGCCGAUAACGUUACCUCUCCGCCCUCACCUACUGCCUCUACGGACGCCUGCACGCCCACGCCCACGACGAAAGGAGGAAGAGGAAGAGGGAGAAUAGGAGGAGGAGGAGGAGGAGGGGGAGGAGGAGCAGCAGCAGCGUUAGGAGGGAAAUUGGCAAACGACCCGGGGGUGCUUGUGCCAUUCUGCCUGGAGUACCGCAGGGCCGGGAAGAUGGUUCGCUCCACCGACGAGGCGCCCACCAGUAAGCGCGUCGAGGCCUCGCUCAGAGUCAGACGUAAAAGAGCCACAGUGGAUUCAGUCAAGGAAUCCGAAGUCAGAGUCAGGCAUGAUAGCGAACACGUCAUGAGGCUGAGACUGAAACAUGACCUUCCUCUCUAUGUCAAGGUCACCACGAGGUCAAACGGGGUCAUGAACUUAGGGACAGGGGAGACGGAUGCACAUGACGAAACGGUCUGCUUCACGCUACACCUGUUCACAGCCUCCCCUCCCUAUGCUGAAGGAGGGCAGGUCGUGGUGCUGGAGACAGGCAAUGCUGCGGGGCUGGUCUAUGCUAACUCUCCUGCGAGCAUUGGUGUUCUGCAGGGCACGACGGUCCCUGUUGCGGCACACACACAGGUCGACAUCAAGUUCUUCCUGCUGCACGGGGCGGUGGGCAGUCCCUUCGUGUCUCUGAGAAACCUGCUUACUGGUAACUAUUUGUCAGCUAGUCAAGAGGGCUUGAGGCUAGUUCGACAUGACAUCAACAAGCUUCUGCCAGACUCAUGUUUAUUCCAAGUCCAUCACUGCCAACACUAGAUACCAUCUCUUGUGUGCUAGAAGAUUCCAAUAAAGUGUCUGUUUGUUUAUGUGAGAGAGAGUGUGUUUGUUACCGUGCCUUUAUUUACGUUUUGUUUGUAAUGCGAGAAAGGUUUGGAGUAAUUUAAAAGGUGAUUCUAGCCGAUGUGUUGUAUACAAAUUGGUCAUGAAUAAAUGUUUUAUUUCUCAUGAA